AUGGUUUUUGAUAAUAAAUUGACUUGGAAACUAGAUAUUGAUCAUAUACUAAAUAGAUGCAAUAGGGGUUUAAAUUUUUUGAAAUCAAUAUCGAAAACCUGGUGGGGAGCAAAUGUCGAAACUUCUUUGAUAUUUAAUCGAUCUUUUGAGACCAGCAACGGAAUUUCCCAGCAAGAAACCGGCCAGCUGGCCAAUCAAGGUUCAGAAAACGAAAUCAUGAAAGUGACCGGUUCGUACAAGUUUACGUGGGAAGGAGUGACGUACACGGUAACGUACGUGGCGGACGAAAAUGGCUUCCAACCCAUCGCUCAAUUAAAUGACAUACAACAUAAACCUGAGGAGAAACUGCAUAGUGUUCAAAAAAGAACGAUUGAUGCUUGCGUUAAAGCUGGUGAUAAAGAUUUUGAAUAG